CACAGUACAGGUUCAACCAGCGGAUAGAACCUUUUUCCGAAGAAAAAGAGCAAUGGUUGCAUACAGUGCCCGCACAAGAAAUUCUGGAGGCAUCUUUCUCUCUCUUCCUUCUGUGCUUUACCCUACCGCAGAAGAGAGAGAAAGAAGCGAUCGUCAAGUUUUCUAUCUACCUGUAGUUUUGUUCGCUUAAUACGAGUUUAAUUGUGGAAGCUGGGUUGGUUUUCCUCGGAUUGGAAUUCGUUCGAGUUUAAGUUCUAAUUCGUUGCUGCUUUCGGUUUUUAUGAAGAUGCUGGUGGCUAACAGUUUUGAACUAUGGCAAAAGGACGCUUUCUUUUCAGCGGCUGAGGAGGUGCAGGAAUCAGCUGAUACAAUGGAAUCUGUAUACAGGGCUUGGAUAAGAGAGAGGAGAGAAAGGUCAACUCCCGAGGUAUUGGAUGAACUACGCAGGGAGCUGCAAACUGCUUUAGGUACUGCUAAAUGGCAGUUGGAGGAAUUUGAGAAAGCUGUCAGGCUAAGCUACAGACAUCUUGGUGAUGACAAUACAAACACUAGGCAUAAGCAAUUUAUUUCUGCCAUUGAAAACCAAAUUUCCCAUGUUGAAGCAGCUUUGAGGGAAUCUUAUAUUGAGGAAGGUAGGCAACCUCUUGGCUGGGUUAACCUGGAUGAUGAAGAGCGAGAUGAUCUAGCAGCAUUUCUAUCCGGAACCUCUCAGACUCUAAGAAGUGCUAAGGAUGAAAGCUUAGAACUUACGCAUUCCUUGAAACUCAAAGAAAAGCAGGUCAACAGAAAAGAUAAUAAAUAUAAUGUUAAUGAUGACUGCAUUGGGAUUAUAUCUGCUGAUCAUACAGAUUCCAAGGAAGAAAAUUAUAUAAUAGACAUAAAAGCAGAUGCAGUUUCUGGAAGUACUGAAGAUGUAGUUUCUCAAGCAGAUAGAACCCCUUGCUCCUCAAGGAAAACAUGGAGUUUAUCUAAUUAUGGGGCUUUAAAAGUUGUAAUUCCUGAUGAAGAUGAACAGAGAAAUGAAUUCAGGCAGACUGUUGAUGCCACCCCUAAAGAAAAAGGAUCCAAACCCAUAUUUUGGAGACAAAAAUGGGAAGAAUAUCCUCGUUCCAUUCGAACAGUUCAUAUGUUCAAUCAGGUGUUGGGUCAUACUGGUUGGUUCCUGAGACAAUUUCCAAGCCCCCUACACUUACGACAUAGUUGUUCAGUUCAAGUUAAACUUGCUCUGAUGCUGACCAUUUUUCUCAUCGUUCCCUUUGUACUUUAUUCCACUUGAAUUUAGAUGCUUCUUUACUCAACCAGAUCAUGAGUGCUUAUCUUGGUUCUGUGACUGAUAGAAUCGAGGUCAUUGGCCAAAUGUUUAUCUGAAUACAUUGGCGCUAUCCUUUCAAGUGGAAAAGUAGGAAAAGAGCCGAUGAAGAAGAUAGUUUCUAAAGAUUAAAGAGGUUUCUUUAGUAAUAGGAUUGAACUAGGAACAAGAACGGGUUUCGUUUGUUUCCUGGGGCCACGAAAUGUAAAUGCUUCCAUUUAUCAUUUAAUGUAAGUUUUACUAUAUUCAGUAGUGAGAUAAUUGUUUGGAUGCAACUUUUUUUCUUUUAAAUUACACGUGCCUUUACUGUAAGUUUGAAGUCUAUCAGACAGCAGCAAAAUUCUUUUGGGUAUCAAGGCGAGAAGUGAAUGCCA